AUGGACAGUCCAGCAUGUUUUCAGGCCAUCUACAAACAUGUAGGUCAACAGAAGAUUGAUGUAGAUGUGUAUCUGCCUUCGUCCCAAAAUUCCAAAAGACCUGUUUUGAUCAAUAUUCAUGGCGGCGCGUUCAUGCUCGGCUCGUCAAAGAUGGUCAAUAGGGACCAAGUACAAGAUUGCCUCAACCGAGGAUGGAUUGUUCUAGCCCCCAACCAUCGCCUUUGUCCGCAAGUCAAUAUUUUAGAGGGACCUAUUCAGGAUUGUCGCGACCUCUUGGCUUGGGUUUAUGAUGGUGGACUGGAAAGGGAAAUCAACGAGACCGCCCAGUCGACUGUCAUCCCAGAUAUAGAUCGCGUCUUUGCUUUUGGCACGUCCUCGGGCGGCACUCUAGCCCUUUGCUUGGGAUUCGGAGUCCCUCGGCCGGUAGCUGGUAUAUAUGACAUGUACGGGCCGUGUAACUUCUCAGACGGCUUUUGGACAACGAAGCUACCUCAUCUCGAGCUUCCUGCAGGACUAUCAGAGUCCUUGAUGAACAAAGUAUUUGAAGAAUAUCCGGUCCCUAUUACAGGAGGUGUGUCUCUUGAAGGUCAGGCCACUGGUCCUCCCGACUUUAGUGACCCACGACAAGCAUACGCCUUGACGCGACUUGCCAAUGGUACGCUUUUAGAUGCUAUCUUCCCGUCGAAGGAUUGGGAUGUGGCCGAUCCUGCUCGGAAUAUCAGCUCCUAUUUCCCACCAACUUUCAUCGCGCAUGGGACAGCAGAUUCGAAAGUACCCAUUGGUUUAAGUAGAGAGUUGUUCCGGAUAUUGAAGGACCAUGGUGUCCACUGUGAUAUGAGAGAGAUUCCGGAGGAAGACCACACAUUUGCUGCUAAGAUGCAGGUUGGAUCUCGAACGUGGGAGCUCCAGCGUCUUGGCUUUGACUUUUUAGAAUCGCUGAUUUAA